CUACCCAUCUAGAACAAGAACUUUUAGCAAAUAACUUAAACCAUGUUAUGCAGGUAGUCAACAAUAUGGAUAAGUUAUUCAAUAUACUAAAAGAUAUUGAAAUAGCACAAAAUAAAAGAAAAUGUAAUCCAACAUGGCGUGGAUCAACUCCCUGGACAUUAUUUUUGCCAUAA